AUGAUCAUUUGGGACUGCAUCGUGGUGGGAGCUGGCAUUGCGGGCUCCGUUGUCUCGAAUCGGCUGCUCGAACAAGACCCGAGCCUCAAAAUCCUCCUCAUAGAGGCCGGGCCCAACACUCACGAGCUUGGAGACCUGACGGUCAUCGACACAGACCCCGAUGUCAACCGCAAUCACACAUGGUCGUUUAAUUCUGUGCCGCAAGUCAACGCCGAUAAUCGAACAAUGUCAUCCCUCGCCGGCAAGGGGCUGGGCGGGGGCACCGCCAUCAACGGAGGAGCUUGGGUCCGUGGCCACAAGGCCGACUAUGACCUCUGGGGCGAAAAGGUAGCCGACAAGAGAUGGACGUACGAGGGCCAACUGCCGUACAUGAGGAAGACGGAGACACUUUGGGACCAGGCCACGAACCCGUCGUCUCACGGCCAUCGAGGACCAGUCAAGAUUCAAAAUCCAGUAGACAUGGGCCGCAUCUUCCCCCUGCGUGAGCCGCUGAUAGACUCAUGGAGGGAACUUGGCGUCAACCCACUCCCUUCAUUCGAUGCCAACGCCGGCAACAGCCUCGGCAUAGGCAACAUGCAAGAGAAUAAAAACCAUGGCAAGCGCCAGUUGGCGUCCCAGAUUUAUCCUCUCGACGGCAUCGCAAUUCUGACCGACAGCCUUGUCGCCCGGGUUCUGGUGGAGAGGAACCCAAAGGGCCCCCUUGUCUGCCGCGGCAUCCAGCUCGAAAAUGGCACAAAGAUCUUUGCGCGUGAGACUAUCCUUUCGGCGGGAGCCUACCGUACGCCUCAGAUCCUCAUGCUCUCCGGCAUUGGCCCGGCCGACACGCUCCGGAAGCACGGCAUCAACGUCGUCUUGGAACAGCCGGCCGUCGGCCAGAACCUACACGACCAUGUCCUUCUCCCCACCAUCUGGCACCUCGCCAAUGCCUCCGAGGGCUGGGCCAAGGGCUCGGGCAACCCCAUCUUCGAACAGCCACAGUACGAUCUCGGCGGCUUCGUCGACCUCAUCACCGCCACCAACCUCCCCAGGGAGGGCCUCGCCGACUCCAUCGCGCAGGAUGAAGGCGGGCUCUCUCCUGACCCGAAGCUGCACCCGCUCCUCAACCGAGACCGCGCCGCCUCCUCUCACCAGCUGAUGCAUGGCGGUAUCUCGGCUGACGGCUCUGCCGUCAUGCUCGUCUCCAUAGUCCUUAUUAACACUAGCCGCGGGUCCGUCUCGAUCCAGUCCGCCGAUAUCAAGGAUGACCCCAUCAUCGACCCGAAUUUCCUAGGCACUAAUUUUGACCGCUUCGCCGCGCGGGAGACGAUGAGGGAGGCUGUCAGGCUCAUGUCAUCCAACCAGACUAUUAUGGGCCGGCUGAUUGUCGACGGCGACGGGACGGACCACCCGCUGACGGUCGAUUCCCCCGACGAGGAGGUCGACGCCAGGGUACGCGAGUCCACUGGUGGGUGUUAUCAUCCUGCCGGCACGGCCGCCAUGGGUACCGUGGUCGACGGCGACCUUCGGGUGAUGGGCGUCUCGGGCCUCCGAGUCGUCGACACGUCCGUGUUCCCAGUUUCCAUCUCGGCGAACCUGCAAGUUGCUGCGUAUGCGCUGGGGGAACAAGCGGCAGACGUCAUUAUGUCGACUCUAUGGCGAAACGUGUGGUAUUGGUGA